CGCCAGUGUCGAUUACAAAAGUACACGCGCAGUAAUUACAUCUUGUUUCUUGAUAAUUUGGUUUGACAGAAUCAGCGGGCUGUUGAAAGGCAGAGACUGGCGUGUGCUGUUGACGAUUGUUUAACAUAGAGAUGGCGUUUACAUUGUGGAACUUGUUUGAAGCCUCACUACUCUGCUUAAACGCCGUGUGUAUCUUGCACGAAGAGAGAUUUUUGGCAAAGAUUGGCUGGAGUGUGAAUCAAAAUGUCCAGGGGUUUGGUGAACAACCUACAGUAAAAUCACAGAUUUUGAACCUUAUUCGUUCUGUGAGGCUUGUAAUGAGAGUUCCUUUAAUUUUCCUCAACAUCAUAACAAUAAUAAUAAAGCUGCUUCUUGGAUGACAUUUGAUGGAAAUGUAAUGAUGUGAAACAUCUGAACUGACUUGUGUGCAUAAGAACAAUGCUUUUGGAAAAUGGCAUGGAUUGCAGUUUGUGUGUAUGUUGAAGCUAAUGAUACAUAUAAGAUCGACUGUUGUUUCUGUACAGCUGUUGUUUUGGUAUAGCUAAUUGAAAAUUUCCUUUUUAUGAAUAAAGAUAUUUUUAUACUUAAAA